AUGCGUUUGUCCCUACUUACUUUUUCCUGCAGCCUGUAUCUGAUUGCAAAUGCAUUCCAACUCUAUCAUAGGGGUAGUUGGUCCGACGUUCAGCCCGAGGCGUGCAUUAAAGCCCUGACAGCCGAAAUUGAUUGCAACGAAUACGUCUCCCACUACAUCCAUGGUUGGUUUCCAGUGCUCGAAGACGAUGAUGGAAAUGAUAUUACACAUGAUAUUUGCACCAAGACCUGCUCCGGAUCACUAAAGACCUUCAACACCGCGGUUCACCAGGAAUGCGAUCUUGAAAGAUUGAUCACCCCUGGUGACAAUAUUUGGCGAUCAUGGAACUUGACUUGUGACACAGAUGCUGACACAAAAAGAUACUGCACUGAGAUCAUCGAUGAAUUUAUGCAUGAAUUAGGCCCUCACGACAUAGUUCCCACCAAGGAUCUCUGUAGACCUUGUCUUAUCAGACACGUUUUUAACUUGGAUCUCGACCUGCCCAGUUCUAGCUCUACCAGCUAUAGCCCUAGGGCGAAGCGCUACUUCAAAGAUUUACGUGCACGCAUUUACAUGGAAUGUCCCAAGGAAGCCCUGGCAGAGACCUUUGCUCCAAUUUCCCAAGAGGGGGCAUCGAAUACAACGGAGUCUGCGCAAGAGACCUCGACGAUGAGCGAUACAGGUUCAACUACUGCAAACACUGCGGCAACAAGGAGUACUGUCACCGUAACAUCUUCUCCAUCAGCUGCAAGUACGUCAACAGAACGUAACAUGGCUAAGAAGUUUGAGCCAGGAUACAUGUUUAGUUAUUGGGCUUUAGUGCUUAUAUUAUUCUAA